UCUGGGGCUCUUACACAGUUAUUACGGUAAUUUUCAGCGUCGCAAAUGAGCUGUCACUGUCGCUGUCUGUGCUUCUAGCUAACACAAGCUAAACUGCGUAUCUCUAGCAUGUUGCCGCUUAACAUGAUGAGGAGAAUCGUACUCUCGGCGCAUUGCUUCUCCAUCUAGAAACGUCCUUAAAAAGCUGUUACCUAAUAACACCUCACCUGUGUUACAAAAUGGACAACCGACUCUUAGCCAACAAGCUAAUAUAGCAGCAACAGAUGAUACAGAUGCUUUGCUAGCUAGCUGAUCGACGUGAGGAUAAACUGUAGCCUACACUCUGAUAACAUGGCAGAUUCAUCUCCGUUAUCAGGGAUUAAUGUCGUCCUUGUUAUGGCCUAUGGGAGUUUGGUGUUUGUGCUGCUGUUUAUCUUUGUCAAAAGGCAAAUCAUGCGUUUUGCUAUGAGAUCCCGCCGAGGACCCCAUGCACCUAUUGGUCACAAUGCACCUAAGGGUUUGAGGGAAGAGAUUGACUCCAGAUUGUCAAAGGUCCAGGAGAUCCGUUUUGAACCUCGCCUCCUAGAAGAAGAUGAUGACAGACUGAAGCACGGAUCACAAAUUAGUUGCUACAACUACCUGUACAGAAUGAAAGCUCUGGAUGCCAUCCGUGACUCAGGUAUUCCCCUGCAGGAGAUCAGCCGCUGUCCGAGUGCAUUUACUGGACGAAACUUCAGGAGCUGGCUGCUGGAGUUGCGCAACUCCCACUCUCUGAUCAAGAGCAGCCGCAGCGCGCUCAUCGACCGUUUGCUUGAAGGCUAUGACAGUGCUCGACAUGGGACUGGGGUGUUUGGGGAAGCUGAGUUUCUAGAAUACCAGCAGGCUCUCUGUGAACUAGCUGAUGUGGUGAAGGCCUAUUCCAGCACUACCAGCUUGGACCAGCAUCACCAGUCUGCAGCCAAGGACCUGACCGGCUCCCCUGUCCGCAGCACCCCCUCCACCAUCCAGGUCACCUACCUGCCCUCCACCGGACAGCGCAGCAAGAGGCCCAAACACUUCCUGGAGCUCAAAAGUUUCAAAGACAAUUACAACACACUGGAGAGCACGCUGUAAGGGAACAUCUGAUGGAGAAUGUGUGUUCAUGCUGUCCAAAGGGAAACCAAACGUUGAGGAUCAACCAUCAAGUUCAAGAAAACAUAAUGUAUAUUGUGAGCAGCUUCAUACACAGUGUUUUCAUGUUACUAUAAAUGUGAUAUUGGUUUUAAUUUAAGUCUUUCAGUCAUAAGAUCUUUUGUCUUGUGGAACAGAUCUUCUGUUUUCAUGUUCCAGGUCUUUUGUCUAUUUUUGGACCUUUGAGAGUGUUCACAGGACAAACAUGAUUGUAGUAAACCUGGCUGGGUUUCCAAUGUAAUCUAUGUAAAAAAAAAUUCAAAUGUAAGUCACAUUUUUUAACUUCCCUAUAUAUUAAUUUUGUGAGUGUUUGUACAGAAUGAAGAUGUUUAUAUGAACAGUAAUUUAUUUUCUUGACAGUGUUUGCUUUUUAUUAAUGUGAGGUUGCACACUUUUGUGGUUAAAGGAAAAAAAAGCCCUGAAACCAAACUCUUAAUUUUCAAGUGUCUUUAUUAUCUCCACUAGGUGGCAGUACAAGGUUAGAGAGGAAAGAUGCAACAGGAGAGAAGAUGAGUCAAAACUUUACAACAGAAAAUAGUUUUUACAUUUGUUGUAUUUAAAUACAAUUUGACAAUGACUACAAUAAAAAGACUGAACUUCAA